AUGGGGGAAGGGCUGAAUGUAUCAAAAUCAUCCAGAGAGAUACAAGCGGGAAGAAACAAACUGGAGGAGGAACAAGUAGAAAAGGCUUUUGGAGACGAAUGCGGGCUGGUGGAAGGUCGCAGGUGCAGACCUUGGCAGUGGAGUCCCAGCCUCCACCUCGACGGAGGAUUUGGCAGAGGCCGGCUAGGGCUGAGGAGUUCAGGACCUUCCAUCACCUCCACCCCACUUCUGCCCUGUGACCCAGGGGCCAAGCCCCUCGCUCCCCAGGCUGCCUGGAAGUGGGCUUCACCUAUGGACUUCUUCAGUGAAAUGUCCUGCUCAGCCGCUGAAGCCACGGCGCACACCGCCCAAAUAUUUGCUCUGACCUCACCUGAACGCAGGCCAACAUCUCCCAGUAUCCCCACCCAGAGACUCCAUCUAGUUCAAAUACUAAACGUGGGACGGAGAAGUCUGUGGUGGCUCACGGGUCCAGCCUCCCCUCUGGCGGCCCCCUCCGCCCACAUCUCCGGCCCGUGGGGCAGGGGCAUCUUUGACACCUCCGAGAAGAAGCUGCUUGUGAACGAAAAUCUCUCACAGUAUAGCCUCCCGGACCGGACUGUGGCGUCGCGGAGGUCGUCGCUGCUGCGGCGGCUGCCGCUGGUGCCGCUGCUGUGGUCGAGGCUGGCCCUGGGCGCGCUCCCUUUCGUCCGCAGCCCGCGCGGGAUUUUUCCGGACCUCUUGUCUGAGAAGCACUUGCUGGAGGUGGAGGACUUGCCCCUGUCCCUGAUGAGGGGCGGAGCUCUGGGGCCGCUGUCGCUACCCCCGGACCUGCCGGACCUGAAUCCCGAGUGCCGGGAGAUGCUGCUGGACUUCGCCAACAGCAGCGCAGAGCUGACCGGGUGCCUGGUGCGCAGCGCUCGGCCCGUGCGCCUCUGCCAGACCUGCUACCCGCUCUUCCAACAGGUCGCCGGCAAGAUGGACAUCAUCAGCCGCGCCGUAGGGAAUACUUCAGAAAGUCAGAGUUGUGCCAGAAGUCUCUUAAUGGCAGAUAGAAUGCACAUAGUUGUACUUCUCUCUGAGUUUUUUAAUACCACAUGGCAGAAGGCAAAUUGUGCAAAUUGUUUAACAAACAACAGUGAAGAAUUAUCAAACUCUACAGUAUCUUUCCUCAGUCUGUUUAAUCAAACCUUGUCCUGCUUUGAGAGUAACCUUCAGGGGAGCACACACAGUCUUCUACCACCCAGAAAUUACUCAGAGGUAUGCAAAAGCUGCUGUGAAAAUUACAAAAAUCUAAAUAGUCUGUACAGUGAAAUGCAAAAAAUGAACGAACUUAAAAAUAAGGCUGAACCUGGAACACAUUUAUGCAUUGAUGUGGAAGAUGCAAUGAACAUUACUCGAAAACUCUGGAGUCGAACUUUCAACUGUUGGCACCCUCACAGUGACACAGUGCCUAUAAUUGCUGUUUCUGUGUUCAUCCUCUUUCUCCCUGUUGUCUUCUACCUUAGCAGCUUUCUUCACUCAGAACAAAAGAAACGCAAACUCAUUCUACCCAAACGUCUAAAGUCUAGUACCAGUUUUGCAAACAUUCAAGAAAAUUCAAACUGAAACCUACAAAAUGAAGAUGCUACAUCAUAUCACAUGGAUAAGUGAUGGAAGACACAACUUGUUCAGAAAGAAGAAAACUGAUCUAGGGCUGGGGAUCUAGCUCAGUGGUUCAGUGGCCUGCCUUGCAA